AAUGGCUCACACGUCAAAAAUUUUCCCUGUUGUAUUUCGCAGAUGCAUUGCUCAGGUUCCACGACAGCUACAGACAUGCACAGCAGUUCGGAAGAUUCAUCUGGACAGGGAAAUGGCUUCUGCAGCGACUGCCGCAGCAGUGAAACCAAGGAUUCCACACUUGGAAGAGGAGAGAAAAGAUAUGCCAGAGAGAAAUAUGAAGCCGCUGUAUCUGGAUGCCCAGGCAACUACUCCACUGGACCCUAGAGUUCUUGAUGCUAUGCUUCCAUACUUUGUGACUCUAUAUGGAAACCCCCAUUCCCGGACACAUGCCUAUGGGUGGGAGAGUGAGGCUGCCGUGGAACAUGCCAGGAAGCAAGUAGCCACAUUAAUUGGUGCAGAUCCAAGGGAGAUAAUCUUUACAAGUGGUGCCACAGAGUCAAACAAUAUAGCUGUGAAAGGCUGUGCUCGAUUCUACAAGGCUAAGAAAAACCAUGUUAUCACUACACAAACAGAACACAAGUGUGUGCUGGAUUCCUGCAGAGCUUUAGAGGCUGAGGGAUUUAAAGUGACUUAUCUACCUGUCCAGAAAAAUGGAUUGAUAGAUCUGAAGGCCCUGGAGAAUUCAAUGAGUGAUGACACAGUGCUGGUGUCUGUCAUGGCUGUCAACAAUGAAAUUGGUGUGGAACAACCCAUCACAGAAAUUGGUGAAAUGUGCAGAUCCAGAAAGAUCUUUUUUCACACAGAUGCUGCACAAGCGGUGGGCAAAAUUCCACUGGAUGUCAACGCCAUGAAGAUUGACAUGAUGUCAAUCAGUGGCCACAAGGUGUAUGGACCUAAAGGUGUUGGGGCUCUGUAUGUCAGAAGACGUCCUCGUGUCAGGAUUGAUGCACCCCAGAGUGGAGGGGGUCAGGAGAGAGGGAUGAGAAGUGGCACUGUCCCCACCCCCUUAGUUGUGGGACUAGGGGCAGCCUGUGAAGUAGCAAUGCAGGAGAUGGAGUAUGACCAUGCUCGCAUCAAGUACCUCUCAGAUAGACUAAUCAACAAGCUUCAGUCAGCAUUACCAAUGGUGAUCAGAAAUGGAGACCCCGAUAAAUCUUACCCAGGUUGCAUCAAUCUAUCUUUUGCUUUUGUGGAGGGAGAGAGUUUAUUAAUGGCUCUCAAGGACAUUGCGUUAUCAUCUGGAAGUGCCUGUACCUCUGCAUCUUUAGAACCAUCUUAUGUGCUGAGAGCAGUUGGAGCAGAUGAAGAUUUGGCACAUUCUUCUAUCAGGUUUGGAAUUGGACGUUUCACAACAGAAGCUGAGGUAGAUUAUACAGCAGAUAAGUGUAUAGAGCAUGUCACCAGGUUAAGGGAAAUGAGUCCUCUGUGGGAGAUGGCCCAGGAAGGCAUUGACCUGAAAUCAAUCCAGUGGUCUCAGCACUGACCGUGAUAUGACCAGUGGUCUAAGAACACCGACCAUGAAAAUCUCUAACCUUCUUGUUUAGUGUGUUUAAAUGCCACCAGUCUGUGAUGUCUGCAGUCUUUGCCAAUUUUAGAAUGCAGUCUAAAUGUUGUGGAAAUUUACUCAAACAAGCUUUAAUGUUGCAUUUGAAUUAUAUUCGAAUAGGCUGGGUGAAAUAAUGAUGUGAACCUGAGCAUGCAUUUCUUUGGUGUCUAAUUGUAAUUGCUGACUUAGUUUCUACAAAAGAUUGUAAAUUUUUGUGUGUAAAUCUGUUAGAUUGCUUUAAAAUACAUGUUCGUGUAUUUCAUAAAAUAUAAUGUCAGCAGUCUUCCCUCAAAACUAAAAUAUACAUGUACAUAUACACUACAGAUAUGUUUAGAUAGUGCAUAGACCACAGUAAGCACAUUUACAUUUGGUAUUGAUUUCACUUGUGUAAUAAUUGUGUAUUAUUUGAAAAGAAUUGGUUGUGUGUUUUCUGAAGUGUGAAUGUGUUAUUUGUAUGUGAUAUUUGAAACCGGUCAAGCAUAGGAAGCACAUAGAAAUGUACACGAAUGACUCAAAUUCAGGACCGUGUGUAAUGUUUGGAAAAAGAGAUUUUUUUCUGUUAAUUUAAUGCCCAUGCUGCUGUUGAUAUUAAUGAAAAAAAAAAAAAGAAUUAUUUUGACAAACGAAUUUAAAAUUAUUUAUUGUGUGCUUUAUACUGUUCAUCUAUUAUCCAGUAUUACUUGCAUCGUUGUAUAAUUCCUUGGAUCACCAAUAAAGAACUGGUAAUAUUUAC